CGCGCUGGGGCGGCCCCGCGCCUUCCGCCUCCGCGGCCGGGCAGGGCGAGCGCCGCGGCGGGGGCAGGUGGCGCCCAUGGUGCUCCAUAAAGGCGGCGGCGGCGGCGGCGGCGCGGGCGGGCGCUGCUCUCGCUCCUCCUCCUCCUCCUCCUCCUCCGUCUCGUAGCGUGGCGGCGGGCAGGCUCCGGCCGCGGCCCCGCAGCUCCGCGCCGAGGCCAGGCGAGGCGAGGCGGCCUCGGCCCGCUCUCCCGCUCCGCUGCUCGGCCGCGGCCCCGGCGCGAUGUCGGGCGGCGCGGCGGGCACCGCCAAGGCGCUGCCGUCCUCCGGGCCCAAGUCGCUGCGGGAGAUGCCGCAUCCGCUGGCCACGUCCAGCAGCGAGGAGAUGGGGCCGGCGCUCACCCCCAGCCCCGACCUGCUCCUGCCCCGCAGCAUCGCCGACAAGGACCUCAGCCUGCCCAAUGGCACACCUGUUGACACUUCUAGCCCAGCCUCCUCUUCAUCUCUUCUCAACAGACUGCAGCUGGAUGAUGAUUUGGAUGGGGAAACGAGAGACCUCUUUGUUACUGUUGAUGAUCCCAAAAAACAUGUGUGCACAAUGGAGACGUACAUCACAUACAGGGUUACAACAAAGACCACGCGAGCAGAAUUUGAUUUGCCAGAGUAUUCUGUCCGCCGACGGUACCAAGACUUUGACUGGCUGAGGAACAAGUUGGAGGAGUCUCAGCCAACACAUCUCAUUCCCCCUCUUCCUGAGAAGUUUGUGGUGAAGGGUGUUGUUGAUCGCUUUUCUGAAGAAUUUGUGGAGACAAGGAGGAAAGCAUUAGACAAGUUCCUGAAAAGAAUCACUGAUCAUCCAGUGCUUUCUUUUAACGAGCACUUCAAUGUGUUUCUCACGGCCAAGGAUCUUAAUGCUUACAAAAAGCAAGGAAUGGCAUUGCUGUCAAAGAUGGGGGAGUCUGUCAAAUAUGUCACAGGAGGCUACAAACUAAGAAGUCGGCCUCUGGAGUUUGCAGCUAUUGGAGAGUAUCUAGACACGUUCUCUCUGAAGCUUGGUACCAUUGACAGAAUAGCACAACGGAUUAUCAAGGAGCAGUUGGAGUAUUUGGUGGAACUACGAGAAUAUGGACCUGUUUAUUCAACUUGGGGUGGGCUGGAGGUUGAACUGGCGGAGCCACUGGAAGGGGUGUCUGCCUGCAUUGGGAACUGCUGCACAGCUCUUGAAGAACUCAGUGAAGACAUGUCGGAAGACUUCCUCCCUGUGCUUAGGGAAUAUAUAUUGUACUCAGAAUCGAUGAAGAAUGUGUUGAAGAAGAGAGACCAAGUUCAAGCGGAGUAUGAAGCAAAACUGGAAGCAGUAGCUUUGAAAAAAGAAGAACGUCCAAAGGUACCCACAGAUGUUGAGAAAUGUCAAGACAGAGUAGAGUGUUUCAAUGCGGACCUGAAAGCAGAUAUGGAGAGAUGGCAAAACAACAAGCGACAAGACUUUAGGCAAUUACUCAUGGGGAUGGCAGAUAAAAACAUCCAGUACUACGAGAAGUGCCUUACGGCGUGGGAGUCAAUUAUACCACUAUUGCAAGACAAGCCAGAGACCAAAUAAGAAGUACCUUCAUGGACAGUCUAGCACCUCUGUGCUCAGUACCACUAGACAUACUGGAACUGUAUGAAGGACUCUUGUCAAGUUAACUGAAGUGCCAGCCAUGUUUAGGCUGGAACAAACCUUCUGAAAACUAUUUGAAUUUCUUCUUCAUUGUCUGUGUUUAGAUUGGGGAUAUGUUUCAUCUUUUUGAGUUACCUUGAGUGGUUCCUUCUCCAUCCUAUGGAGUGAUCCUGGGCUCAUAGUGAAAGUGCACAGGGAUCUCAAUAAAACUUACCUCUUUAGUCUGGAAGGAACUGAUGAGUGGAACACUAAAAAGAUGAAAAACUCUACUGCAAGGUGCCAAAUGACAUCUUUAUUACCAUUUUGUUUUGUUUGAUUAAAAAAAAAUAAUUAUUCUCAUGAUGCAGUACUUCCUAACCACUCCUUAUCUAUGUUGUGGAUGGAGAGGGAAAGGCUGGAAAAGAAUGUUUUCGGUUUUGCUACCACUUGUAUGGUCCUUCUAGAUAAAAUGACUUUUUGGACUUUUCUGUGUGGGAGUUGGGCUGAUUCUUGAUAGAACAUACUGACACCACCUGCAGAAAGCCUGUGGUGCAAGCAUGAGCUGUGGUUUUUGUGAGUGUGGCAUGCUGUUGGUUCAUACUGAAUAUCUUUGUUUACCUUGGUGAUUAUGAAGUAAUGUCAGUAGGCUGAAGUGUACUUGUGACUGCCUUGGGGAUCAAAAUAGGUCUAGGCGUGGGAGUGAGUUAAACAGCAGCCUCUUAAAGCUUCUGGGAAUGAUGGAAGCAAGUAUGAGUAUUGUGUGUGUGUUUGUUUUUCUAAAGCUAGCUCUGGAAGUUAUAUGGUAGAAUAUUCCUGAUGUUUAAAUCUGUUUUUUUUUUUUUUCUGAACGAGAGCUCCUUUGGGCUUGGUCACUGAAGGUGCCUGCUGUAGUAAAGAUGGAAUUUUGCUUUCUCUCUAUUCUUUGCAGCAGCCAAAAGCCAAAAAGUGUCAAGUGCUUGCUUAUACCAAGCAUCAUGAGUGCGAAACUUGCCUUAAAAGUAUCAGUGAGGUUUGGUAGUGAAAAAAUAAGGUAUUACCCCUAUAAGGUACAUGUAGUGUUCAUACCUGUCUCUGAGCCACAUGGCAAGUCUUCUGAGACUUCUUUUGGUACAGAUCUAUUUUCCUGUGAAGUUUUUGUUGGCCUUAAAUGUAACUACUUCUGCAAGUCCCUCCUUUCCCUUUCUCUUAUGGUCCAACCUUCAAGUAACUGCCUCCAUGUUGUUAGUGGCCUUAGGUACCUUCUAGAGAACGUAACGCUGCCAUGAUGGAUCUGAGAUCCUUCUGAAUUAACAGCAGGCAGAUAAGUCUGGGUUAACUCUUUUAUCUGUAAGAAUUGAGGAUGUUUGGGGCUCAUAUCAAAAUAACAUCAGGACUUGGAAGAAUAAAUAGCUUUGAAUGGUUACUGCUAAACUUUUGAGCAAUUACUUGAUCUCUUGCAAAGAACCUGAGUGUGGUAAUUGGAAAUGUACAACUCUUGUCUUAUCCUGUGAUGAUAUAUUGAGUAACACUUUGGUUUGGAUUUUGUCCUUAAACACUAAAUAUGCCUGAAACUCCCCUGCUCAGCUUGGAGGCUUUAUAGAAACUGUCAAGAUGAGUUAUCAUUGCAAUGUGGUGGCUGUCAGGCUAGUGUGGUGGUUCUCCUUGGGUGGGAAAAGUCAAGUUUAAGGUAUCUUAAGAGGUUUUUGUAUUUGACUUGACUUCCUUUGACAGCUUGGGGUACUAAACAGAAAUUGCACUUUGUGGUUUAAGCUGCCAGUUUCUCAUACACUUGGUGUUACAAGGAAUUCUGCUUUAGGUUGCUGUUCAGUGUAGAACAACCAACUACUCUUGCUUUUCAAAAGGGAGUGUUUAAAGGGAUUAUCUUGAAACAGUAACUCAGUAUUUUCCUCCAGCCUUCCUUCCUUCUAAAACAAAUUCUUGUAAAUGCAUAUUAUUAACAAUCUGACCACCUUCAGGGCUACAGUCACUAGACAAGCUGGGUUCUGAGUUCCAGUGCUCGUAAGAUACUGUAAACAAAAGGCUCAUCCUGUCUUCCCUCUUUCCCCCAAACUGAGAUCACCAGGGUUUUUUUCCUUAGGAAGCUUUUCUGACCUGGUUUCUUUUUGUGGAAUGGAGUUUCCCAGUUGACUCUGCAUCACUGGGAGUCAAGUAAAACUUAAGUUGAACUAAUAUUUAGACAUUGUUCCCUCUACCCCAUCAAAAAGGAGCGCAAGAUGAGCGGAAAAGAUGUCUCUCUCUCUCUUUUUUUUUUUUUUCUUUUUUAAACAGGUGAGUAGACUGUCUGAUGCCUUACAAGAUUUUUGCCCUAUUUCCCCCUCAGUUUUGAGUCCAAACUGAACUGGGUUGAGAUUCUAAAUAAGCUAGUACUGGACAGUGCGGCUGUAUGUGAGGAGCAUGGUGGACAAUAGGGAGUCCCAAUUUAAGUUUAAAUCAACAAGCAACUAUUUUUGCUGGAGCUGCUGAAGCUCAGUUUAGAUUUUCUUUAAUCUGAAGCCCCUGAUUCUGCAGUCUGGCUCUUAAACUACUACUUGACCAAAUUGUGUUUUCGUCUCGGAAAAAUCCCUUUCUGGCAAAGCUGUUGAGAGGCAGGCGGACUUUGUUUCCCUGCUGAAGUAUGUGGCUCUGUGGCACCAAUCAAGUUAAUCUGGACGAAAGGCCGGAACAUUUACUUCAGGCUGUGGUCUGUAAUAGCAGUUUUUGGAUGACUGGAAAAAACAAAACCUCUCAAACUUCUACAUGGAAAGUAAAACUUAACAUUAAAAAGAAGAGUCCUCUGCAAAAAUCAUGUGGAAGUGUGUGUAGUAGUGAGUUUCUUAGCCCUUGUGGGCUACUGAGGAGUCUCCUUACAAAAAAGACUUGUAAACCACAGGGUUACGGUGGGAGAGGCUGUGAGGUGAGGGAGAAUUUGAGAUGUGAUGCAGCAGGGCAGAGUGGGCAAGCUACAGUCAGGCAAGAAAUUCCCUCAAGAUGUAAAGAGCACAAUUAACUAACUGCUGUUAUCGGGAGGUUCAGAUCUGACUGAGCUGUUAGUGUGACUCUGCAACGUUGAUCUUGUAAACCUUCAGUGUCUCUAUAUUUGAAGAGCCCAAAUGUUAGUGGUGAAAAGCAAAAGAUUUUAUGAAAGGGAAGCAGAGACAUGAGUAGUUCAGGAGCUUCGUCUCUGAGUAGCUUGAGUUUUCUGUCGCUUAGGACCACCCUCUCUGCAUGCAGUAAAAUGGCAUCAAAAGUAGUUGAACCCUUCCUGCAAGCCUAUGUAAGGUGUGGGUCCUUAAACACUUAAAUUAGCCCAAUCUUUCUUUUAAUACAGAGCUGGACCAAGUUUUGUGUCAGAGAAUGCAUGAUUCACUGCUGUCCUGGUUACUUGCAUGCUGUUUCUAGGAUUGUUUGUUUCUUCCUGAAGUGGCACCAGCGCAAUAAAGCAAGCACUGAGAUCCUGUUUUCACGCUUAGUUAUGAACUGUGUUCAUACGUAUCAUCAUCAGGUUCUGAUUGUUGCAAUAAACUUGGACACUAAAACAUCAUUAUGGAUUUUUCAGCUAUCUAUUGAAAAAUAAAAUGGUGUUAGGUAUAGCCUUUAAGGGCAUUAACUCUUCAAACAUGAGUUGCAUCAAAAAAUAAACUACAGAUUCUUCAAUGCAGUCUGUUUUGACUUUUUGUCACAAUGACACUUCUGCUAGGGAUAGAGCAGUGGAAGAAGUGGUAGAAGGGAACAAAAGCAAAGUGUAACUGGCAGUGAAGGGGCUGAAGAGCUACGGUGAGAGAGCUUGGAGGAGUGGCUCUGCCCAGCCUGUACAUGGUGUGUAUUGCAUCAGGUGUCUGUCCUGUAGAUAUCAACAUAGAAAAAAUUUCCAGCCCCACAGGGACUGUUCAUGUUUUAAUAAGAGCCAUGCUUUUGUCGAAACUUACUUAUUCCUCUCAAGAAAUUGUGCAUGAUCAAUGUUGCAGGCUUUUAACAUCUAAGAUACUGGUGCUUAUGACCAUUCUCUGCAAAAUGUGGUAGGUAGAAAUGAACUAAAUUAGGUCAUUAGAUGUUCAGCCUUCUUAAAUCCUAAAGGUAGAACAGUGUUUCCCUUGGUAUAUAACCUUUUACUAUAACCAAUCAACAGGAGAAAUUAGGUUUCUUUUAAUACUUCUGACAGUAAAACUGGGAACUUCAGGAGUAAACUCUUUGCCUUUGAGGAAUGUGAAGGUUGCAUUUUAAACUUUUUGGGGGUGCUAUUUAACCAAUUCUAAGGAAUCAAAUGGAUGUGUUUAAUACUACACUUGGCACUGUGGAGCACUGCCAGUGUAUCUGGUGCAUAUAAGUACUCUGUAAUGAACUGGACUAGUUUUAAGCUUGCUUGACCAAAGCAUGUUACUUGUCCAAAGAGUAAUGCUCUUUAGAGAAAGGUUUAUAUUAUCCUUAUGUAAAUGACUUGCCAAAACUGAAAGCUAGGAGCUGUCCAAGCCUACUUUGAAGGCCUUGGUACUCUAUGCUUCAAAGAUGAACCAUUUUGUUAACUCUGCCACUGGUAUACAUAUCCACACCUUCAGAUCCAAGUGCAGGUUUGGAGCCAGUGCCACUUUCCCACCAGUCAGAGAGACAGACAUUUUUCUUAUGAUAGUGAACAACUAUGGGUUUUGGUCUUUAGCAUAUGAAAAUAGCGCAACACCACCUUCAUUCUUUUCCUUCCUCUGCACCUGCAUCCAUCUGUCCCUUCUUAAGGUUUGGAGAGCUAUGCCAUGUGCAUGAAGGCAAGCUUGCUUUGACUGAGUGCUCGUUAUGUUCAAGACAUCAGUACUGAAGACUGAAACAUUGCCUGCUCAUUGUGCAAACUGUGUACUACUUUUGACCUGUGUAAAACCUGCUCACUGGAACACGUUUACUUCACAUACUCAUACCAUUAAAAACCAAAAUGAAAACUGUGAAAAGACUUGUCUUUGUGUGAAUUAGCAAGUAAAUGAUGUAAAAAUGGGAAUGAGGCUUUUGUUUCACGCACUUGACCAAAUCUACCAACUAUGCUCUUGUUCAGACUUGCAGGUUAUGAAAUGUUGUCUUGAUUUCUGGUGCUGGCAUGCUUCUAUUCCCUUCCAUAUAUAUCUCUGUAUAAAUAUACUUUGUGCAUUGUUUACUAUGGAACUAGUAUUGAUGGAGAAAAACACUUUGAGGUAAAAUUGUUUGUAAUGCUCUAUUAGUGUGUACAUUUUUUAAAAAAUGCACCAUUUCUUUACCUCAAUUAAUUUAAUGGAAUAGACCAAUAAAUGUAUUAAAAGAUGACUUCUUUACCUAGAAUAAAUGUUUCUUUUCUUGCAGUCUUCA